GGGGGGGGGGGUUGCCGGUUCGUUCUGCAGCAGCAGCAGAUCGGCUCAGGAAGCAGGACUGGUAGAUAGAAAAUAAAAAUGUCAGCCAGACCCGGAUUCUACCGGCAGGAGCUGAACAAGACCGUAUGGGAGGUUCCGGAGCGGUACCAGAACCUGACGCCGGUGGGCUCUGGAGCCUAUGGCACUGUGUGCUCGGCUUAUGAUGUCGUCUCGAGGCAAAAGGUUGCAGUGAAGAAGCUUUCCAGGCCCUUUCAGUCGCUGAUCCACAGCCGCCGCUCCUACCGGGAACUCCGACUUCUCAAGCACAUGAAACACGAGAAUGUUAUAGGGCUGCUUGACGUCUUCACGCCUGCGGGGAGAUUAGAGGACUUCAAUGAACUUUAUCUGGUCACCAACUUGAUGGGUGCAGACCUCAACAACAUCGUCAAGUUUCAGAAGCUGUCAGACGAGCAUGUGCAGUUUUUAAUUUACCAGCUGCUCCGUGGCCUUAAGUACAUCCAUUCAGCAGGAUUGAUCCACAGAGACCUUAAGCCAAGUAAUGUGGCAGUGAAUGAAGACUGUGAGCUAAGGAUCCUUGACUUUGGAUUGGCCAGGCAGACCGAUGAUGAAAUGACAGGAUACGUGGCGACUCGCUGGUAUCGAGCACCAGAGAUCAUGCUGAACUGGAUGCAUUACAACCAGAAUGUGGAUAUUUGGUCUGUGGGCUGCAUUAUGGGAGAGCUGCUGAAAGGAAAAGUCUUGUUUCCUGGGACCGACUAUAUCGACCAGCUGAAGAGAAUCAUGGAGGUGGUUGGCACCCCGACUCCAGACCUGCUGAAAAAGAUCUGCUCCGAGCAUGCCCAGAAGUACAUCCAGUCUCUUCCCUUCAUGCCUCAACAAGAUAUGGAAAAGAUCUUCAGAGGAGCUAACCCGCUUGCCAUCGAUCUGCUGAAGCGGAUGCUGGUUCUAGACUGUGAUGAAAGGAUCUCGGCCAGCGAGGCUCUGUCCCACCCUUACUUCUCCCAGUACCACGAUCCAGACGACGAGCCAGAGGCCCCGCCUUACGACCAAACACUGGAGAGCAAGGACCGAACUCUAGAGGAGUGGAAAGAGUUGGUGUUCGAAGAGGUGAACAGCUUUAAAGCAUCUGGCAACAAGACGGAGAGCCUUCAGGUGGAGCAGUAGGCUCCUCCCUGCUCCUCCCUGCUCCUGGUUCCUCGCCAGGGAGGAACCAGGUACGUACUAUCUGGAUGGGAAACGGACUAAUGAAAAAAAAAGCAAAAGGAAAUGAAUUGUAUUCUAGGAGUUAAUCUAACGCACAAACAUGGAGCCUGUUUGGGAUCAAAAGGACACAUCCGGAGCAGAAAGUUGCUUCCUGUUACAUUUCUGCUUUCAGUCGGAGAAAUGAGGAACUUUUCGGUGUCAAACGGACUCCUGAAGGGGCUGAAGGAAGAACUGGAUGUUUACAGACAGAAGAUGAAGACAAAAAUGUGCACACUAGGAUUUCCAAAGCAACAUCAGGGACACAUAGCAUCACCCAUCAGUUCCAUCCACUUUUCUCAUACUGCCUUUAUGUUUAACCCUCUCGGGUGCCCUCACCGUCAUCGUUUUCCAUAUUCCAGUCAUGCAAAAUGGUGGAUUAAGAGUCAAAACCAUUUUAAAAGAAUUUUAGAAAAUAAGGAAUUAAUUAAAUUAAAUAUGGUGUGAGAUAUAUGUCAAAAUAAGCCUGGUAUGGCUUUUGAAUAAAACUGCUCGUCUCAGCAUUUAUCACACGUGUGCACACUUUGCACAAGUCUGACUUCAUACAAUCUGCAUUAAAACAACCACAGAUAUAGUAAAAUAAAAUCCAACAAGUGCAAAAAAUCCAAGGGACCCAGGAGGGUUAAAGGCUGCCUGCAUUAUACUGAAGCAUGAUUUAUCACCAUUUAACAGUCGUGUCUUAUAUCUGGUACUGUAUUAUAACCUCCCACUGUCUGUAUGGCAUAGUUGCAAAGGAAGAUUCACUUUCAACUUGUUCUGUCCAAAUGAGAGGUGGGCAAACAGCACACAAACCGCUGCUCCUUCUCUAUGGAAAUGUAAACACCAACUUUGCUGUUAUAAGAAAGCUCAUGAGCGAUGCUGCAGGUCUGUGUUUACACUGUAACCGUGCUUCUCAUAUGCACAUUCUGCUGAUGGCUGAUUGUUGAUUACCUGCUAUCUCUGGCUACUCUCCCUAACGCUCCACCCUUCAUUUAAUCUCACUUUAACCCCCUUCUUGGCGUUUGCAAUGAUUAAUAUUAAAUGUUGUUUACAGUUAGCAUCAAAUCUCAAAUGGUGUCUAUUCAGUAUCUCGUAACAGUGUCAUUUCAUUUACAGAGUCACUCAAUUAUCAAAAA